AUGCUGGGGCGCCGGACGCCGUGCGAGCGGCGCCGGACGCUGGCGCUGGCGCUGAUGACCACGGCGGCGCUGCUGGAGACCGCCAACGAGUGCCUGCUGCCGGAGACCGCCAACGAGUGCCUGCUGCCGGCGAUGUACAGGGAGCUGGGGGCGUCGCCCGCCGCGCUGGGCUCCAUCACGCUGUGCCACGCGCUCGUGCAGGCGCUGUGCUACCCGCUCGCCUUGUCCGCCACGGCGCGCUCCGACCGCGCGCGCAUCGUCGCCGCGGGGACCUUCCUCAGCGCCGCGGCCACCGUGCUCGUCGGCGCCUCCACCACGGUCCUCCAGAUGGCGUUGGCCAGGGGCUUCAACGGCGUCGGCCUGGCGCUCGUCCUCCCCGCGGUCUUCUCCCUGGUCGCCGACUACAGCGACGACGACACGCGCGGCACCGCGCUCGGGUGGGUGUUCAUGGCGCAAGGCGUGGGCGGCGGCAUCGGAACCUCGCUGGGGGUCUUGGUUGCCCCCACGAGCUUCUUCGGCAUCCCUGGCUGGCGCAUGGCGUUCCAUGCCCUCGCGCUCGUCAGCGUCGCGCUCGCCGUCGCGACGUGGCGGCUCGCGGUCGACUCCAGGGCGCCAGCGGGAAGCACCAAUGCCAUGCCCACCGUUGCGGAGCUCGCUCGGGAAGUCAAGGGCGUGGUGAGCGUGCCCACAUUCCGGAUCAUCGUAGCGCAGGGGUUAGCCGCGCAGGUACCCUGCUCCGCGCUCACAUUCAUGGCCAUGUGGCUGGAGCUCAUGGGGUUCACGCACUGGGAGACCACCGUGAUCACCAGCCUCAACAACCUCUCCCUCGGGCUCGGCUCGUUGCUCGCGGGUUUCGCCGGCGACCUCGCGGCGCGGCGGUUCCCCGAUACGGGCCGGAUCGCGCUGGCACAGGUGUCCAACGCGUCCACCGUCCCGCUGGCCGCUCUCCUGCUGCUGCCUGCGCGGGCCGGAUGGCCAAUGGCAGGUGCCGCGUACGCCGCCGGGUUCCUGCUCUUGGGCGUCGCUAUCGCCUGGAGCACGGCUUCCACCAGCAACCCGAUCUUGGCAGAGGUCGUGCCGGAGAAGGCGAGGACGGCCGCGUACGCUCUUGACAUGUGCUUCGAGAGCAUUGUCGCGUCGUUCGGGCCGCCCGUCGUGGGCAUCCUGGCGGAGCGCGUCUUCGGGUACCAGCCGCGCGCGGCCGCCGACCGGGAGAACGCCGUCGCUCUGGGGAAGGCGGUCUUCGUGGAGAUCGCUGUGCCGGCGACCAUCUGCUGCCUCGUGUACUUGGAGAUGUACUGGACUUACCCCACGGACAGACGGCGGGCGCGGAUGAUCCUGGAAGAGGCGUCGGGUGGUGACCGGGAGAACAGCGGCUUCGAAGCUAGGGGACCUAAUGUUGCUUCAGCGGCUGAUGAUGGCUUCAACCAGGCCUUACUGCCUAGACUGGCUGCCUGA